AUGGCUGUGCAACUGUGGGAGACCUUGAAAGAGGCCAUAGUGGUCUACACUGGCCUAACUCCUUCCACCUUCUUCACGGUGCUCGCGCUUCUUCUGGCCGUUUACUAUGUCAUUACAGGUCUCUUUGGGGCUUCCCCUGACCACCACCGUCCCCGCCACAUCGAGGAGGAGGAGAUGCCGCCUUUGCGCCCGCCGGUCCAGCUCGGCGAGAUCACGGCUGAGGAGCUCAAAGCCUACGACGGCUCUGAUACCGAGAAACCCUUGCUUAUGGCCAUCAAGGGUCAGAUCUACGAUGUCUCUCAGAGCAGGAUGUUUUAUGGACCUGGUGGACCUUAUGCCCUAUUUGCUGGCAAGGAUGCUAGCAGGGCUUUAGCAAAGAUGUCUUUUGAAGAUAAAGAUCUAACUGGAGAUAUUUCUGGCCUUGGUCCAUUUGAGCUUGAUGCCUUACAAGACUGGGAAUAUAAGUUUAUGAGCAAGUAUGUAAAAGUUGGAACUGUUAAAAGCGAAGUUCCUGUAACUGAAUCAGAGUCCCCUGCCCAACCAUCAGAAUCUACGUCACGUGAUAUUGAUGUUGCAGAUGCUAAGCCGAGUGAAGAUGGAAAAUCAGAAACUACCGCUGUGAAAAGUGAUAAAACCCCUUCAAAGAUUGAUGCAGAUAAGGAAGAGUAA